CCGGACUUCCUGUUUAAUGCUCGGCUGCUGACUGGUAGAAAGGGAUGAGGUCCUCGGAAGAUAAUAAAACUACCCAAUGAAACCGGAGUAAAAGUUCUCUCAAAAUGAGCUGGAUUCCCUUCAAGAUUGGACAACCAAAGAAGCAGAUUGUCUCUAAAACAGUUGAAAGAGACUUCGAGCGAGAAUAUGACAAGCUCCAAAAGCUGGAGGAUCAGACGAAAAAGCUUCACAAGGACAUGAAGAAAAGCACCGAGGCUGAUUUAGCCAUGUCCAAGGCCGCAGUGAAGAUCUCUGCAGACCUGCUGAGUAACCCGCUGUGUGAGCAGGACCAGGCCUUCCUGGAGUCCAUAACCGCUUUAGAUACAGCCAUGAGAAGGAUGGACUCCUUCAACCAGGAAAAGGUCAACCAGAUCCAGAAGACCGUUAUUGACCCUCUGAAAAAAUACAGCGGCGUCUUCCCCAGCCUCAACAUGGCAGUGAAACGCCGGGAACAAGCGCUGCAGGACUACAAACGGUUGCAAUCCAAAGUGGAAAAGUAUGAAGAAAAAGAAAAAACUGGGCCCGUUAUGGUCAAACUACAUCAGGCCAGAGAGGAGCUCCGACCGGUCAGGGAAGACUUCGAGGCCAAGAACAAGCAGCUGCUGGACGAGAUGCCCAAAUUCUACCACAGCCGCAUCGACUACUUCCAGCCCAGCUUUGAGGCUCUCAUCAGGGCGCAGGUGGUCUAUUUCACAGAAAUGUACAAGAUCUUCAGCGAGUUAACAGACCAGAUCGACCAGGCGGGGUUGACUGAUGAGCAGAGGGAGAGGGAGACCGAGGCCAAGCUCAGCGAGUUGCGUGCUCUGUCCAUUGUCGCCGACGACUGAAGGAGGAAAGCCGAAAUCCGGGAAGGGCUCCUUUCACGCCUCUCUGAAUGGAUUGCACUCUUUUCGGGCUCCUGCGUGCAGUUCAGACGGACAGCAGUGGCCUUAACCUGAUUAUCAGCUUGUUUCCUCGCGGCCUCAUCAACCCCCAUUCCUCUCGCACUGCACUCCCAUGUCUCAUUCUCAGACUCGCUGCAUCUCAAAGCAGCCGAAAUGCCACAUUAACUAAGCCAUCAGCCAAGUGCAACAUUAUAAGCCAAUAUGUUGUUUUUGUUUUGUUUUUUUAGUAACGGAAUGAAACCGUUCUCGUCUGAACUAAUUAACAGGGUUACACUUCUUGGUUUCAGAGAUGUCUAUAAGCAUUUGUUGCUAAAGUAGGAAAUGAGCAAGGAAAUGUUUUAUUAGUCACAUCUGCUUUGUUACCAACAAUCUGUGAAACAUAGUUUUUAUUACCCAACUUUGAAAUUACAAACACUACAGACUGAAUGUUAUUUAACAUACUGCAGGUUAUCGGCAAGAAAAUGUAUUUCUGUAUUUUGGCCUUUGCUGGUUAUUUCCCAGUUUAGCUCUGUGCCAUGUUGUGUGAGGGCUUUUUAUUGGGGUCCGCAGGAUGAUAUCAGUAACAUCACCUGUGCAUAAUGUGCCUACGUUGUCCUGACUGUGGAUGUAACACGAAAGCUAACUUGUGUGAAGUGAGAUUGUGCCUUUGCAGCGGCGUUGAAAGGUCGACCACUGAGGCGACGGAGAGAUCGAGCCACCGCUGAGGUCCAACCGCUGUGCAAAACAAAGGCUGGUGCUCCCUCUAGUGGAAAAUACUGAUCACGACCACAAUAUCCUUUUAUUCACACCAUCCAUCAUUUGUUCUGUUGUGUUGCAGUUUGUCUGUUAGCUAAGAGGCUCACACAUUGUUGGCACUCUAGAGACAGUCUUCUCUCUGUACCCUCUACACCAGGGUUGGAAGCCAGCUCCUUUCUGGUUGUCCUAAACUUUGGACCAAAUUAUACUGUCAUUGCACUCCUUUGUUUCCACCUUUAUCGGGUUCUGCCUCAGUAUGAUUAACAUGCUGUGGUUAAUGGGGCUAUAUGGUAAUGUACACACACUGAUUGCUCUCAUAUCAUGUUAAUGGCUUUUUGAGCUGUCAUACGAAGAAGUUGAUUAUUUAUUCUUUGACCGACGUUUUAAUUUUGAAAUAAUUGAGGCAAAUGCUUUGUCGAUUGUGUUUGUGUUCUGCAACGCAGACUGUUUGAGUUACACGUGAAUAACUGUAUUAAUGAAGGUGUUUUUCUAAAUAAUGAAGAGUUAAGUUGUAGUAGUGGUUUACUCUUUUUUUUAACACAUCUAAGUGAGUACUUUAACAUUAGAGUUGGUUUUAUUUAGGUUUUUAAAUGUAUUAAUAUCACAAUCUGUUAUAUGACAACAUCAGCUGUCAUCUCAAUUUGAUAAUCAAUCAUGAAAUAAAUGAACUGUGAGAAUGGCAA